AUGGAAACUGGAGAGACGUGCGGUGCCUGGUCGAUGCCUUCCGGCGGGUCUCUGUGCCUGCUCGGCUGGCUCCUGGUGUGGCCUGGACUGCUGCUGAUGAGUAUGACCAUCCCGGACUGUCGCCAGCCACGCUUUCGCAUGUGGUUCCCCCUCACCUUUGUGGCAGCCAUUGUCUGGGUCGGUCUACUCUCAUACUUCAGCGUCUGGAUGGUUACCGUUAUCGGACUAGGCAACAUGGCCCUGUGCAACUUGCUGGGUAGCAACGUUUUCGACAUCCUCUUCUGCUUGGGCGGGCCGUGGUUUGUCAAGGCAGCUUUCUUCUCGCCCGAUCAGCACAAAGUGCUUUUUAGCAGCGCCGGCGUCAGUUUCAGCGCCGCUGUCCUGCUGACGCUCGUGCUCAUACUCUACCUGUUCCUGGCAGGGUUCUGCUGGAAGCUCGACCUUCGCGUCGGACUCGCCUGUCUGCUGCUGUACGCCGCGUACAUAGUGAUCGCGUGCAUGUACGAGAUGAAUGUGUUCGGCGUUGUGAACAACCUUCUGUGCUUGUAG